AGAUUAAGAGAGACUAGGAGGAAAAAAAGAAGGGCCGGUUUCCUCACAGCGGUCACCGGUCACCGACCUUCGGUCGGAUUUCGAUUUAUGCAACCAUUAUGGCUGAGUAGGGUUCCGAUCAAGUUCUCGCAAAUUCCGCAUGGUGCCUGAAAUAUGGACAACGCUGCUCGAAUUUGGUCGGAAUUCAAGAAUAGUGGCAGCUUAGAGUGGAUUUUACUAGAUGAAAAUCCAUUUGAAACAAGAAUCACAUAACAAUAUGUUUACUUGAACAUUCAUUGGAUAAAUGCCGACGACGAUGAUAGUGGUUGUAUCGGUGGCAGCGAUGGUAGUUACUGGUAAUACCUAUGACGGUAACAGGUUUGAGACGAAUGGAGGCGACGGUAAAAGUUAUGAUGGAUUUAGUUGAUGACGGUGGUUUAGAUCGACUCCGACGUGUUUUCAGCCUAUCAUCGCGGGAAUGCCGACAUUGGGAUGGCCCAUGGUAAAAGGUUUUUGGGCUGUGGAGGUGGUGAGGAUAGGUUUUCGAGCCCAACAUUUGGAAAUGUCUAAACCAUGAAUUUGAAGUUUAAGCAGUUCAGAGAACAACUUAAAUCCACCAGCAGAUUUUUCCUAGGAUUAAACAAAGUUAUGCAAGUUACUUUAGGUCGAUCUGAAUCCGAUGAGAUGAGGCCAGGGCUUCACAAGGUUUCUAAGCUUCUUAGAGGGGAUUCUGGUCUUUGUUUAACCAACAUGCCUGUAGAAGAAGCCCAAAGAAUAUUUAACGAGUAUGAAGAUUACGACUAUGCUAAGACUGGUAAUAUUGCUACAGAAACGGUGGUAGUUAUAUGCUAGGACUGCAUUAUAUUUGUUUACAUGCCCUUUUAAAUCUCUACCAACAGCCACAUUAUCAAUCUUAGUGACUCGGUUAAUUCGACUAAUGUGUCUUUAUCUAAUCAAGACAUAGUUGAAGUUAGGGCAGUUUGUGUAUAUUGAUAAGUUUGAGUUUGAUUGACCGGUACCGCAUGUAAGUGGAGUGCGUCUGCUUGCUGGACGCCGUCCGUUAUCCGUUUGUAGAGUUUGUUGUUUAUAUAUUCCAGUUGAUAAAAUCGGGCUAGAUUGUGAAUAUAUCGUGUUGCUGCUAUUGAUUUUUAAUGUUGUUGAUUACCAGAUUCAA